AUGCCUACCCCGGCACUUAAACACGCCGCAGUCGCCUGUGCGGCAGCUCUCUUCGGAGAUGAAAAUGACGAGUACGCCAAAACCAGCCUUGAAAUCGGUCACAGGCGUGCUGCCCUCGCAAUUUCAUCACUGCGGUCAUUCCAAAUAUCAAACGAGCAAGAUAUCGCCACGUUGCUUAUCCUUGGUGUUGCAAUGGUUACAUUUGCCAUGCAUGUCUCUGACGGUCAAGCAUCUUUGAUCUCCCAUUACACCUUAAGUCUCAUUAAGCCACUGGCUCAGAAUAUCUACACAUUGAACUCCGCAAUGAUCGACUACUGGAUGUGUUUGGUGUGCACUGAGACCUCGGAGUGUUUGUUAAAGUCUGAGGUCCCAAGUAUGAGAGUCGAUCCUUGCAAGCGGACUCACGAGGUUGAUCGUUAUCUCGGCUUAAGCUCGUCGAUAUUCGCACAGUUCUAUGAUAUCUGCGAGGCUGGAAAUUCUCUCAAAAAUGCUUCCAUGGCGACAGCUGCAAGGGUUGUGGAGAACUUGGCUUCUAUCAAAGUUGCAGUGGACCAGUGGCAUACAACCCCUCCCUCCGACUUCCUUGAUCAAUACACACAAGCCGAAGUGGUCAGUAUGCUUUCUCAAGCGAAGAUAUUUCGCUUCGCAGCCUUGUUGAUAAUUCACCGCCUACAAUAUCCUUAUGGCGAACAAGACAGAGAGGCCUCUAUGUUAGGUCGUGCAAUUAUUGACGAGUUUGAUAUGGUUCUCCAAAUUACCCAACGCUCAGUUCCAUGUACCGCGCUUCCAUAUCUCGCUGCGUGUUUUGAGAUUGUAGAAUCAGACUCCAGGAAUGCCGCCCUCGGAAAGAUGAAGGACAUUGUCACCUUUUCCAGGCAGUCACGCGUCCGAUUUGAGAAGACCUUGACUUCAGUCUGGAAGGCUCGAGAUCAGGGGUAUCGUUUCCACUGGUUCGAACUUGGUCAAUACGCGGCUUCAGGGGCACCUGGAAAAUGA